UAUUGCAAAUCAUUACUAUUCAAACUCUUUUUUUCAAUACCUACAUGCGACUCAAUAGAGUUAAAGUUGACUUCAAAAGGUAUUUUGUGUAAACAAUGAGUUCGUAAAAACAUUCACCAUUCAAUCGCGAUCUCAAUGUAAUAAUGGUUAAACAUAAAUGUGCAUGGAUAAAGUUACUUAAUUUGUUUUGUAUUUAAUAAAUAAUAAAAGAUGGCAGCAACUGAAACGCCUAUACAGAAGUUCUACAAAAACACUAAUGUUUUUAUUACUGGUGGUACAGGGUUUCUUGGAAAAAUUCUAAUCGAAAAACUACUUAGAUCUACAGAAGUGAAUACUAUUUUUUUACUGAUUAGAUGUAAAACGGAGAAUGAUAUCAAAAGUAGAUGUGAGAAAAUAUUUGACAGUGAAGUAUUUAACAAAUUAAAACAACACAAUGCAAAUUUCAAACAAAAGAUUCAACCCGUAGAAGGUGAUUGCGCAUUAUCUGGAUUGGGUCUAAAGAGUACAGACAGAAAUGAAUUAAUUAAUAAUGUAAAUAUUGUAUUUCAUAUCGCUGCUACUGUAAAAAUUGAAGGAAACUUAAAAUAUUCAUUCAACAUCAACGUUAAUGGAACCAAAGAUGUCUUAGAUUUGGCUAGAGAUAUGAAACAUUUAAAAUCAAUAAUCCACGUCUCUACAGCUUACUGUAACUGCCCAUAUAAAGUGAUUGAAGAGAAAAUAUAUGAUUGUCAAAUGUGCUAUGAAGAUUAUAAAACCAAAAUUGAAAAAUGUAGUGAAACCGAGAUCGCCACAAUUACCCCAGGACUUAUCGGAAAAUGGCCAAAUACUUACACUUUCACAAAAGCUUUGGCAGAAUCGUUAAUAAAGGAACAUGCAACUGGUUUACCAGUAGCAAUAUACAGACCAUCAAUUGUGAUAUCAACAUACAAAGAACCACUAGAAGGUUGGACCGAGAAUUUCUAUGGACCAACAGGAGUAUAUGCAAUGAUGAUGGCAGGAUUAUUGAGAUUAGCGUUAGCUGAUUUGACAAAAGAUUCUUAUUGUAUACCAGUAGAUACUUGCGUAGCUGGUCUCAUCGCUACAUCUUGGGAUUGCUCCAUAAAAUUUGAAAAAUCAUCAGACAUUCCAGUGUACAAUCAUGUACCUGUGGAGAAUCCUAUAACGUGGGGAGAGGUUGAUAAUUUGGUAAAAUUAAAUAUAGACCAGUACCCGCUUCUUAAUAGUUUUUGGACGCCAUUUCUGAUUGUUACCAGCAACAUAACAGUUUUUUCAAUUUUGAAAAUAUUUGUACACACCAUACCUGCGAUAAUCAGCGAUUGUGUAGCUGUUUUUACAAUGAAUAAGCCAAGUGCAUUGAAAAAAUACAAUCAAAUCCAUAGAUUUGUGAUAGCCAUUUCAAAUUGUUCCACAAGAAAUUGGGACUAUUCAACAGAUAAUAUUUCUAAAUUAUAUGAAAAAUUAACUAUUGAAGAUAAGGAACUAUUUCCAAUGAGUGUUACUACAAUACAUUGGUUAAGGUUUAUGAAAAACUAUACAAUUGGAAUGAGACGGUAUCUUUUCAAGGAAAACGAUAGUACUUUGGAAAAUGCUAAGAAAAAAUACAGAAGGUUCAAGAUUGUCAACGGUGUCCUAAAAUGUGUAAUAGUCUAUGUUUUUUGCAAUUUGUUAUCAUCAGCUAUGAGGAAGUUCACUUAACUCCUGAAAGAACAUUUUUAAGAGUUUUUCUAGGUAUAAGAAACGUAAGAUUAGAAUGAAAAAACUUAGAGUUAUAGUCGUUUGUAAAUUAUGAAUAAUUAAUUUGAAAUACACUCCUGUUAUGCCAUUGUUAGUC